AUGCAGGCUACCGAUGUUAUCAUAAAGGCCGGAAAGGAGUUCGUUCUGCCAGUUAUGGUUUCUAAAGCUGGAACGACUAUUCACUGGGUUUUUCAUACAACAGUUUAUGAUGUUCAUUUCGGAAUAGCCAAGCUAAAUGAAAACAACGAGAGAGAGUGGGUCGUGGCUAAUACUCCCUACCCUCCGUCAGACCCGCAACAGGGCAAGGUGGUGAUCGAAAAUCCCGGAAACUAUUAUCUCGUUUGGGAUAAUACCUAUUCCUGGUUCCAUGAGAAGAGCGUGUACUACUCUAUUGAAAUUGUGAUGCCCGAACCUACUGUGGAUGAAAAGGUUGACUGUGCGCGUGUUAUUCUUCAAGACCUCCAGAAAAUACGGCAAGAAAUCGUGGAAUGCGACGAAAAAGAAUCUGCAAAGAAAUCCGAGAUCGCUGAACUCGAAUCGCAUCAUUCUGAGAAACUCCAAGAACUGGAGAAACUGAAGAGCGAGAUCGCGAGCAUCGAAGAAUCCAUAAAGAAGUGCAACGAAGACAUUGCCGAUUUGCAGACCCAGCAAACCGCCGAAAAAUCGAGCAUGCAAAACCUCCAAACCUUGGCUCCCUUCCUCUUGGAGGGCAACCGCGUGAUCGCCAUGCUGGACGGCCCCGAUUUGCUGCGUUUGGGCUGCGUGAACCGCAUUUUUAUGGAGGCGACGCGCAGAGAGAGCGUCUGGAACGCGGUGUUUAAGAGUGACAGCAAGGAGAACUUGCAGAUUGUGCUGAAAAACGAGUGGGUGAAGAAGCGAUGGGACUUGAUUAACCCGGGGGUUGCUGCAGGCGCAGAAGAGGAGGCGGAAGAGCCAAAGAAGGAAAAUUAA